UGCAUCAAUCUGUUGACAGAGCCAAGUGAAUUCUCCGUUGCCAGGGUAGCACCGGGCCCCAAAAAAAGGACAUCACGCGCGGCGGCCGCGCAUCAAUUACCCAUCGCCCGCGUGUGUGUGCUGUGGGGGCCCCCCGCCCGAACGGUCCCCCACCCGCGGUUGUUCAGCCAACAGCAGCAGCACAGCAGCCACCGCACACACCUAAACACAACUUUUUGCCUCCGUUGAGCGGAAGGUAGCACUUGUGGUAUUGUCUUCGUCUCAUCCGUCCGGUUGGAGAAAUUCAUUCCGCAAACCUCAUCGCUCGUCAUGUCCAGCCUCUUUGAGCGAAUUAAAAGUGCCAUUCCCAGCGACGGGCUGCAAAUCGCACCUUACAAAGUCAUCCGCCAAGUCCAGGAUUACGAAGAGCGGAUUUAUCCGCCGCAGACGUGGGUGAGAACUUCGAUGCGGAACAACUCGCGGGAGGACUGCACCUAUCCGAUGUUCUGGAAAUUAUUCAAUUACAUUUCGGGGCAGAACGGGCGGCAAUUGAAAAUCCCCAUGACGGCGCCAGUGUCCGUUCUAGUCCAGCCGGACGACGACCAAUGCGGCGGAGCGGCUGCCGGUGACCUCCAGACCACCUUUACCAUGGCCUUUUACAUUCCCGCACCGUUCGACCAAGAUCCUCCCGAACCCAACGAAUCGAGCGUCACCAUUGAAUAUCGGCCGGAAUUACGGAUUUUCGUCAGGACUUAUGGGGGUUUCACGAACGACCGCAUAGACCAGGAGGAGCGUUGCCACCUGCUCGCCUCUCUCACGACAGAAGACAGAGAAAUGGUGCAGCAGAGCCAGCCGGGGUCCGUUCACUAUUGCGCUGGAUAUGAUCCGCCUUUAAAACUCUUUUUCCGCCGCAACGAAAUCUGGUUGCCCAUAAUUCAGCCGGGACUGACUGGCGUCAAUAAUCAGUCUGACGGCAUCACGACCAUUUUGACCCCUUAGAUCGAAAAAAAUAAAAAUACAAAAUGAUCAUUCGUCUAUUCACAAAAAUAAAAAACGAACAAAUAAUGUUAUUAAAAUUUAUGCACAAAAUUAUAAAUUGACAAUGUCGCCCCUAUCAAUCAAUUGCGAUUUCGUGUGUCCCAUUUGAACUUAUAUAAAACUUCAAUACAGUCUGCACAGUACGU